CCCUGACUGCACGUUAACAACACACCCUCUGCACUCCUCAAACCAAUACCACAUCUGAUGUAAAACUAAAAAAGCUCGGUUUUUUUUUUCAAACUAAAUGAUAACACUUUAAGCCUCAGAAUGGCUUCUAUUGGGGACUUCGAUCCGCUUCAUUCUACUGUACCGGCAACUAAGAUUGAAGUUACAGUUUCAUGCAGGAAUCUUCUGGACAUGGACACUUUUUCCAAAUCAGAUCCUGUUGUCGUGUUGUACAUACAAGGCAUAGGCACGAAAGAAUGGAGGGAGUAUGGCAGAACAGAAGUGAUUGACAACACACUGAAUCCAGACUUUGUGCGGAAAUUUGUUCUGGAUUUCUUCUUUGAGGAAAAGCAGAAUCUUCGAUUUGAUGUGUACAAUGUGGACACAAGAAGUUCAAACAUCUCGAAACAUAAAGAUUUCCUGGGCCAGGCGUUUUGCACUCUUGGAGAGGUUAUUGGCUCUACAGGCAGUCGCAUGGAGAAAACACUAUCUGGGAUUCCAGGAAAGAAAUGUGGUACCAUUAUCUUAACUGCUGAGGAGCUCAGCAACUGCAGGGAUAUUGCUACUAUGCAGCUGUGUGCCAAUAAACUGGACAAAAAGGACUUCUUCGGCAAGUCUGAUCCAUUUUUGGUGUUCUACCGCAGCAAUGAGGAUGGGACGUUUACUAUCUGCCAUAAGACAGAGGUGGUUAAGAACACAUUAAACCCAGUGUGGCAGCCCUUUACCAUCCCUGUACGUGCACUGUGUAAUGGUGACUAUGACAGAACUGUUAAAGUAGACGUCUACGACUGGGAUCGAGAUGGAAGUCAUGACUUUAUUGGAGAGUUUACCACCAGUUACAGAGAGCUGUCUCGCGGUCAGAGCCAGUUUAAUGUGUACGAGGUUUUGAAUCCUAAAAAGAAAGGAAAGAAGAAGAAAUAUAUAAACUCUGGCACAGUGACAUUACUGUCCUUUAAGGUUGAAUCUGAGUACACAUUUGUGGACUACAUCAGAGGAGGGACACAACUCAACUUCACAGUGGCCAUAGAUUUCACAGCAUCAAAUGGAAACCCUGCUCAGCCAACCUCCCUGCACUACAUGAGCCCAUAUCAGAUGAACACCUAUGCCAUGGCACUGAAGGCAGUAGGAGAGAUUAUACAGGACUACGACAGUGACAAGCACUUCCCUGCCUAUGGAUUUGGAGCCAAACUGCCUCCGGAUGGCAAAAUUUCCCACGCUUUUCCUCUGAAUGGAAACACUGAGGAUCCAAACUGUGUAGGAAUAGAUCAGGUGCUGGAGGCCUACUUUCAGAGUCUCAGAACAGUCCAACUAUAUGGACCUACUAACUUUGCCCCGGUCAUUAACCAGGUAGCACGGUUAGCUCAAGAUGUGACUGAUGGCUCACAGUAUUUCGUCCUGUUGAUGAUCACAGAUGGAGUCAUCUCAGACAUGGUGCAGACCAAAGAGGCUGUCGUCAAUGCCUCUUCAUUACCCAUGUCUAUCAUCAUUGUGGGUGUAGGUCCUGCGGAGUUUGAUGCUAUGGAGGAGUUGGAUGGUGAUGAGGUCAGAGUAUCUUCUAGAGGCCGCUUUGCUGAAAGAGACAUAGUUCAGGUACAAAAAAGUCUCUUCUUCUCCUUUCUACAUUCUGCCAGUAGAUUCCAUGCAUGGGAGGACAGCCAAAAGAAAUAG